UGCCGGCGUUUGCUGCAAGCUAACCACCGCGGCCGAACAUCUCCCUGGCGUCGCCUUUGGUGGUUAGCUCCAUGCUAGCGUAGUGUAUGGGUGGAGAGACGACAGUUAGCAAACAAUGCAAGCUAUAUUGAUAACUUAUACAAUCUCGGCCUCAGCUGUCGGUGUGGCCUUCCGGGUUUCCACAGCUUUUCCUGAUCCCUGUGGCGUGUUGUGCUUUAUUGUGGCUAACGUUAGCUUUUAAGCUAAAAAUGCGAAGCUUUUUAUGCAUCGAUUACAUUACAAAUGAGACGAUGCUCCUUGCGACGCAUUUGCGCUUUGGAAACUACGUUACUCGUAUGACAGAAGUGUAGACAUUGUAUGAUGUAUUUAUGCAUUUCUAAACGUGAACGUGGUGUGACGUUUUUGGGUGAUUAUAUGACGUGUAGAUUGACAAAACAAUAAUUUAUAUGUAUGGGUGAUAGCACUAAAGACGUUACUGUAGCUCUUGACAGUAAGCCAGUGCAUUAUUUGGGGUUACCAUUAAGCGGCGCUGCAGGAUCAUUUUAAACUUUGUUUCCUCAACGCUGCUUUCCUGUGUUUCUUAGUGUAAACAACACGAACCAUCACUGGGUAAAUUGACUGAUGCUGCCUGUUGUAGGUUUUAAUGGUCGCAGAAUAUUUACUGGCUGAUCGCUGUGACUGAUUGGCACGUCACUUGAGGUUUCAAACUCCAGACCCCAAUCUUCGCCACUCAAGAGUGUUUCUUCAACUCGGAGACUAAAUGCAACUGGACCAGGGGGCUUGUGGGCAUGAAGUGGCUGGGCGAAUCCAAGAACAUGGUAUUAAAUGGCAGACGACACGGAAACAAGUUGACCAGCGAGCAACCUGUGAGCCAGAGCCAGACUCGCUCUCAGCACUCACAACGGGCAUCCCUGCGCCACAACAAAAACAGAAACCGAAGAUGUAGCCGCAGUGAGUUUGGGUUUAGUGCAGCCAGUCUGGAGGCAGAGAGGCGCUAUGUGCCCUCCUCAGGAAUGACUGCUAAGGAGUUGUGUGAGAAUGAUGAUCUGACCACAAGCCUCAUCCUGGAUCCAUACCUGGGCUUUCAAACUCACAAAAUGAAUACCAGAUUUCGACCAAUUAAGGGAAGACAAGAGGAGCUAAAGGAGAUCAUCGAGCGCUUCAAGAAACAUGACAACUUGGAGAAAGCUUUCAGAGCUUUGACAUCCGGAGACUGGUCCCGAAAUCUUUUUCUCCACAAGACGAAAGCUCAAGAAAAGCUUUUCAAGCAACAUGUAUUUGUGUAUCUGCGGAUGUUUGCCACAGACAGCGGGUUUGAGAUUCUCCCUUGUAAUCGCUAUUCAUCAGAGCAAAAUGGAGCUAAAAUUGUGGCAACAAAGGAAUGGAAAAGAAAUGACAAGAUCGAGUACCUGGUGGGAUGCAUUGCAGAGCUUUCAGAGAGCGAGGAAAACAUGCUGCUCCGGCACGGGGAGAACGACUUCAGUGUCAUGUAUUCAACCCGCAAGAACUGCGCGCAGCUCUGGCUGGGGCCGGCUGCGUUCAUCAAUCACGAUUGUCGGCCAAACUGCAAGUUUGUAUCGACAGGACGGGACACAGCCUGCGUGAAGGUUUUGAGGGACAUUGAACCGGGAGAGGAAAUCUCUUGUUACUACGGAGACGGGUUUUUUGGGGAAAACAAUGAAUUUUGUGAAUGCUAUACAUGUGAACGACGGGGCACUGGUGCUUUCAAAUCCAAAGCUGGUCUGCCAGUGGAAGUGCCGGUGAUCAACAGCAAGUACGGGUUGCGGGAGACAGACAAGCGUCUCAACAGGCUGAAGAAGUUGGGGGAAGGAAACAGGAGCUCAGAUAGUCACUCUGUAGGCUCCCACACCGACGUAGACUCUCAGGAAAUGCCAAAAACACAUCAAUCUGCCAGAAAAAGAACAUCAUCAUCAUCUGGCCUGAAGUAUAAAAACAGGACUCAAUCCAGACAGACUUUGUCAAGAGCCCUUACUACCUCAUGUUCAAAACAAGGUCGUGUAAACAAUAACAGGGUACCAAAGAGACUAAAAUCCCAAUCCAAGCCUUCACUAAGUAAAGUCCAGUUGCGGAGUCGCAGGAGGGGUGCAGAGCCCAAGGCGUUGGCCAAAGGAGAGACUUGCCAGCUGGGUCUCAGGGACUCAAAGGUGUCGCUGUGUAAAAGUGUCGCCGUCAAGAAGGAGAAGGAUGGACAGGAGCUGGUGCAGCAGACACUAGGCCGGGGCUGCCUCACCCGUCAUGCUGCCAAGGAAAAUGGCAAUCUACUGCAUGUGCAAAGCAGUGAGGGCAGCCAGUGUUCGACGUACAGAACUCGCAGGUCCACAAGGACCCUUGUAAAAGCCCAGGAAACUGCAGCUGGCGUUAAGCUGGAGCCCAGUGCUAUGGACGGCUUGAGCCCAGUCCCUGGUGGAGUGGUCAUUAAGACGGAGCCAGCUGACAUGGAGGAGUAUCUCAACCAUGGAGUAGGACUGGAGCAGCAGGCGUUAGACACUGGCUAUGCCAGAAGAGGCUCGUGCACCAGGCGGAAACGGCUGGCACGGCUCAGGACCGAGCGGACAAUAAAAUGCGAGGACUCGUAUGGCGAGCCGUUCAUGCCGGUGGCUGCUGGCCACACCGCUAACUUCUCAGACUGUGGUAAUGUGCUGUUGAGCUUCGCCGACCGACACAGGGACUACAACGGGGUUGCCAAUGGCAGCAAAUCCCUCCGAAGGGACAAGGGUAAGAGUGGCUGCCGGUCACAGGACAAGGGGAAGAAGAAGCGUCGGAUCACACGAUACGACGCUCAGCUGAUCCUGGAGAACAACACCGGCAUCCCCAAACUGACGCUCCGCCGGCGGAGAGACAGCAGCAGUAGCAAGACCAAUGACGCCAACGAUCCCAUUGGCUCCUCCAACCUUUCUGCCUCUACGGUCAACUCGGCCUCCUCUAGCAAAAUCAGCAUCAAGUUCAGCAAGGACCACGACAAGGACAAAGGCAGCUCGUACAUAGCCAAACUGAAUAACGGCUUUGCUCCUGUGGUGCACAGUAACUCCACCAAGCUGAAGAUCCAGCUGAAGAGAGAGGACGACGCACGGAGAAUAUCCCAGACAAAGGCAGACCAGAUGUCCUACAAUGGGGACAUGGGUCAGAGUCUGGAGGCCAGAAAUGGUGGACAUCGGACCCAAAAGGUCCUGGUGGACCCUUCGUCUGAAGAGGACGACGACGAGGAAGGGGAGGAGGAUGACGACGACGACGACGAUGAUGACGAUGAUGAUGACUAUUUCGACAAUGAGUUCGAAGACGAUUUCAUUCCACUUCCUCCAGCAAAGCGCCUCCGACUCAUUGUGGGUAAAGACUCCAUAGACAUCGAUAUCUCCUCCAGGAGGAGAGAGGAUCAGUCUCUGAGGCUCAAUGCAUAAGCUGUGGAGUUCAUCGCUCCCGCCUUCCCCUGUAAAUACAGAUGACUCACUAAUCAACUGUUGUGUUGAUGUAAAAGAAGUACAGUAAUUUAAAAACAAACAAAAAAAAAAUUGCUGAAAAAUUUAAGAAUUUGAACGAACGUUACUAGAGGGUUCUGUUGACCUAAAACAAAUCUCUCUGUUAUUCACUUAAGUUGUGUUCAUCAUUAAGUUUCUAGUGUAAUUUGAGUUCUUAUAAAUAUUACAUUGAUUGAGCAGAAGUUUAGUCACCCAGUCUCCAUUUCUCUGGCAUUUAAUCUGCAUACUAUGCUAAAUGUAAACUGCAGGAAUUUGCCACAUUCGUUCCCACGUUGUUUCUGAAUAAUCUGUCCGGAUCCUAAGUGAAAAACGAGAAUUUGUUUUAAGUUCAGCUGUUCCCUUAAGUGAAUGCACUUGUUAUAUUCAUAAUGGACAUGGAUAUUGUAGAAAGUGUACAGUAUGGUGACUAUCCUCUCUGUCUCAUAGGCAGGUUUUUAUUGAACUUUUGAUUUUUGUCUCAUAGUUUGUCAUUUUUGUGUGGCAAACCAUGCUGAACGUACAGUGUGGUGUGGUCGGGCCGGAGGCAUUAUAAGAUCAGUCGGUCAGUUCAUUUGGAUUCAGGUGCCAUGUUCUCAUUAUCCCAGUAGUUUACCUGGUAAAGAACUCAUUAAUUAUCCGCAUUAUUUACUGUGUAAGUUAAUCACGUGUCUCUCUCUGUAGAGUUCAAUCAUGCAAUGUUAAGACAUUUUAAGCAAAUCUGUGCUAUCAUGUUAUUCACCCGAGCAUCAUAGAGUUGUUGAAGCAGAAUUUACAGUUUUAUGUAUAUUAUGGAUUUAACGUGCACCGAAACCAGUUUCCCAAUGUGUUGUAGACCACCGACACAAAACCCCUCACAUGAAAUGAAAAAGGAAGUCGUACUGAAAUGUUAGCAGUAACAAUAUGCAUGUGGAACUACAGUGUGUGUGUGUGUGUUUAGUUUGCCUGCAGUUGUCACACAUUCAUAACCCAUCAGUUAAAAUGGAGUUGCAGUUUGUUCCUGUUAAUUGAACUCUCUGCGGCUUAUCCAGAGCGCUGUAAAUACAUUAAUUAAGCUGCAGAAUUCCAAGAAAUAAAAGCACACAAGGUUUUAUAAUAAUUUUGAUUGCAGUCUAAAAUGACGGCGAAUAAAUGGACCAGUUGUCUGUCUUUUGUUUUUGGAGCUACUGUAUAAUGGUAACAUGGCACACAUGGUAGUUCAACCCUUUUUAAACACCUGAGAAGGCAAAUCAAACCAAAUCCAUAUAUAAGGCUACCUAUAUGCUUUUUAAAUAAAAAGUAAUGUACAGAAAGACUGGUCUACGUCCCUCAGCUGAACAUUUAUUUUUUAUCUCAAGUCCAGUCUCACUUUUUAUUUACCUAAUCUGACUUUUGGAAGCAAGUUAACAAAUGUACAUCGACACUAGAUUUUGGGGAGGAAAAUCACAUUGUCUGAAAUAUUCUUACUAGGUUAGGAUCAUGUAUUCUUUUCUCUAUGGUGCUACUUUUAUUUCCUUACCAUCUGUUUGAACUUCUGUCCUGUGUAACUCUCUUUAUUGGUAGAUGGUGGCAGCAUUAACUUCAACAGGCCAAACUUCAGUAGAAAUACACAUUUUACGUCGGUAAUACACAUUUUAUCAGUUGUGUCUGUAGCCUGUUUAAGUUGUGUUUUUGUUUUUGUUUUUUUUUUAAGUUUUAUUUUCUUUACAGGAGCUCAUAUACUUUCAGUUUGCAAAAAACAAAACAAAAAAACACUGUCUAUCCAACAGCAUUAGGUGCCUUAACAAAGAGCUUUUUGACACAUUUAGACCAAAUUUGUUACGCGACUAAUCAAUGAAUAGUGAACAUGCUAAGCCAUCUGCUUCCCCCCUUGAAAUAUGGAAACGCGUCAACACAAGUCCACCCUCAGUCCUUCUGUGUGUUAUUUUAUUUUUGUUGUGUGGAAGUAAAUGAACUGUCGAACAGAUCAAGGGAUCAACUGAGAUUGAAUGUUAACCCACUUUUCCUGUGUUAAUAUGUACUGUUCAUAUCACCAGCAGCUAAUCGCCGUUCUGAACCUGGCUCAGUCUGUCCCUCCCCCUCGUCGGACGUCUUCUCCAUCCUACACUGUAAACUGUUCCAGGUGUACCGUCUGUGUGGUCUUUGUCCAAUAGACAGCUGUCAAGAUUUCCAAUUGAUUUAAAAACUAAAAGACAAAAAAAAAAAAGCAAAACAAAUGUGAAUAGUUUGCGGACAUUUUAGCGUGUUGCGUGGGUAGUGGGAAAUGUGUAAAGAGAAUUAAAAAUGGGCAGUGCAUAUAUUGUCCAAUAUGUAAAUCAUGUGAACACAUCUUGUACUUAUUUAACAGUUUUGAAUACUUGAAAACUAUAUAAAGUUUCUUUGUGA